GGCUGGCAAGCCGGAAGCGCGGUGCACGACGGGAAAGCGGAAGUGGCUGUGGAGCUGCCGUCGACUCGCAAGGAGGAAGGUGUUUAAUCUGCUUGUGUUUUUUGUGUGUGACUCUACGAACAGGUCCGGCGCCGUCAGUAUUGGUCUAAACUCGAGUUUAGUCAGCGUUUUGUCGUGACCAACCCUCUGGGUUUCUACUGCCUUCUUCUCCGACCCGGAAUAACCAGUUCGUAGGUGGUUCACCCUGUGCUUGGAGCUCCUGGACCAGGAGACAGGAGUAAAAACAGUUAAGUGUGGUGAGCUGUGUGUCAUUGAGGACUGAGGCAAUUCGCACACAGCUGCCUCCACCUCCUGGGAGGUACAGGAAACCUGGAUAGAGCUGUUGGCCCUGAGAGGACACAGAGGGAGCAGCUGAGGGAGCCCAGGAUGAGCUACAAGCCUAUCGCCCCUGCACCCACUGGUUCCAGUCAUACCCCUCCUGGCUCGGGGGUGUCCUCCCUCUCUCCAUCCCUUCCCUCCUCCUCCACCUACAGACCGGUCUUCAGUGACUUCGGACCACCCUCCAUGGGCUUUGUCCAGCCUGUGAAGGUGUCACAGGGCUCCACCUACAGCGAGCUGCUGUCUGUCAUCGAGGAGAUGAGCCGUGAAAUCAGGCCCACCUACGCGGGUAGCAAGAGUGCCAUGGAGAGGCUGAAGAGAGGUAUCAUCCAUGCUCGGGCGCUGGUGCGAGAGUGUCUCGCAGAGACUGAGAGGAAUGCUCGAAGUUGAGGACUCUUCACUCUCCCUCCUCAUCCCCUCCCAUCAACAGAAAUCAGUGCUGUUUAGUGUAAUUAUUUUAUAAAUGAGGUUUUUACAAUUCGAAUAAAAUGUUUUUU